AUUCAAUUUGAUUGGAUUCAUUUUUUUUUGUUUUGUUUUAUUUGCUGAAUUUAUAAAUAAAAUUUAUAAAUUAAAAAAAAAAACAAAUUCAAAAACACUAUGCCACCAUCGAUACAUUCGUAUGGUGCACGAUCAACCACAUCGAUCGCAACAAAUCGAUCCCGUACAUUACAUGGAUCUCGUAAGAUUAAAUUACAUUGGUGGGAACGACGACCAAUAUUAGCCAAUGCAUUUUUUAUUGAUUUACAAAAGGGUAGCUAUCUGGCAGCCAUUUAUACUUUGUUGGAAAGCAUUUUACAAAUUUGUUUGGCUAUAUUUGAUUUAUAUUGUUUGAUCGAAGCGGCACCCGGUUCGAAACAUUCUCGCAAUUUUGGUAUAAGUUUUUUAUUUGUUUACAGUGGUAAUCAACAUGUUCGACGAAGUUUAAUGGCUAUAGCAUUAUUGUUAGCAAUUAGUGCUGCAUAUUUAUCAAUCACAUCAGUAAUAUUAAUGGCAGCAUUACGUAAAGAACAUGAGCUUAAAUUUCGUCACUGGCUUCGUGCAAUGGCCAUAUUUAUCUGUUUCCGUCUUAUUACUAUCAUCUAUCAAUCAAUUGUGAAUGAUUUAUAUUUUGGUUAUCAUCAAGCGAUGUUGAUCAUUUGGUUCUUGCUCACAGCUCUCAAUGUAUUCACCUGGCUAGUAGUAUAUUCUAAUUUUCAAGAAUUAAGCGAUAUAACUCGACUAGAGGAUAUGGCCAAAUUGAAGAUGUCCACAUUGUCUUCGUUGAAUGCAUCACGUUCCUUUUCGCAUCAUAGUCUUGAUUCAGCUAAUCCUUAUGGACGAUAUGGCGGAACUGGUGUUGGUAGUGGUACCGGUUCAUUACAACCAUCACCACAAAUCUAUCAUCAUUCUUUGGUAACCAAUCAACCAUUGACCAUACAUGAAAGUCAUCAGAAUAUAGUUUCAAGUGACUCAAGACCAUCAGCUUCUCAUCAUCAUCAUCAUCAUCAACCACCACUGCCUACAACACCACGUUCACAUCAUUCAUCACAAAAUUCAUUACAUGCAAGCUAUUUACAGAUGUAUUCAAAUACAUUAUCACAAAGAAGCCGACAAUCAUCGGCAGCAUCUUUAUCGAUGAAUUCUUCAAUGGCCAAUGCAUUUCCUAUGCAAUCAUAUACAAGUAAUAGUAACAAUCAACCACAACAGCAAUCAUCAUCAUCUUUACAACAACAUCAUCAUAAUAAUCAACAAUCAAUAAACAAUAUGAUUAGUAAUCAACAAAGUCGAUUAAAUAAUGCUCCAAUUAAUUAUGGAUCGGCAGCAUUUUCUUCAUCAUAUUCAAAUCGUCAUAAUAAUACACCAAUGUGAACAAACAACAAUCAAUCAAUGAAAAAAAAAAUGUUUUAUUUUUGAUUAAAAUUGAUCAUUCAUCAAAUUUUAUAUUUACUGAAACUCAGU